UAUUACUUUUAAAGUUUGAUGAUAGAGGAGCUAAAGUUGCAUAAGACGAUGCAUACAAAACAUAACCUUAAAUCUUGAGAGUUGCAUUUGUUAUCCAAGAAUAUAACUUAUUUCUCACAAUGUCGCUUAAAAGGAAAUUAACGCAAGAUAACUUGCGUAAAGCUAUGAGUGAACAUAAGAAGAAAAUAGGAGUUGUCAAAAAAAUUGAAUCGCCGCUAGCAAAAUAUACAGAUGCAGGACAACUCAUGUGCAUUUUAUGCAAAACUCUUAUUCGUAGUGACACAGUUUGGCCAGUACAUUUAAAUUCAAAAAUUCACAAGGAAAAUAUUCAAUUAGCAAAAAAGACAAAAUUAGAAACAGAUACUACAAAAGUUCAAACAUUUAAGAGACCUACAUCUCCUUCACAAGAAUCAUCAGCAAAUAAAAAAAUAAAGGGUAUAUUAAAAAAUUCUAUUACACAACCAACACAAAUACCAUCGAAUUUACCAUCAGACUUCUUCGAUAAUCCUUCUAAACAAGUCAAUGGUACAAUAUCAUCAAAUACUCUUGUAAUAACAGAAAAGACUGAAAAUGACAAAGAACUUGUACAUGAAAAAGAUUCAAAGAAUAUAGAAACAGAAGAGGAAAAAGAAAAGGAAAGAAGCAAAGAUACAAAUCAACCAGCUCUUCCAGAAGGAUUUUUUGAUGAUCCAAUUUUAGAUGCUAAAGUUCGUAAUGUUGAAUAUAAGAAUCCCAUAGAAGAGGAAUGGGAAAAAUUUCAGAAAGAAAUUAAAGAAGAAACAGCACAGUCUGCACAGAUAAUUGCUGAUGACCAAGAAGAAGCAACAACAGAAAGACAGUUAGAUGAAAUUGAAGAACAAAUAAGACAUUGGUCUAGGGUAAUGGAUCUUGUAAAACGUAAAGAACAAGUACAAGCUACUGAUAGAAAACAAAAAAAUAUAGAUGAAGAUGUAUCUAGCGGUGAUGAAACCGAAUUUGACGAAUUUCUUGAUUGGAGAGCCAAAAAUUCUUAUAAAUGA